AUGAACUGGCGAUCCGGCUCCCGCGGCGUGGUCCUCACCGCCUACCACCACAGCGGGGGCGGCGGCGACGGCCCCGGAGGCCGGCGGUCUGGCCAGUAUACAAUGAACCAUGAGCACUUCAGGAAGACCCCUGAUGGAGCAUCCUUUGACCGCUCCGGAUCCCAGGACUCCCUGGAUGAGCUGUCCAUGGACGACUACUGGAAAGAGCUUGAGAACAUCCACGAAACCAGAGGCACUAAUCACGAGGAGCGAGUAGUAGUGAAAGAGCCAGAUGAGGGAGAACUGGAAGAAGAAUGGCUGAAGGAGGCAGGUCUGUCAAAUCUGUUUGCUGAGAGCUCUGGUGACUCCCUGGAAAGCAUGGUGUUCCUGUCCACCCUCACCAGAACCCAGAAGGCAGCAGUGGAAAAAAGAGUGGAAACUGUCACCCAGACCAUGAGGAAAAAAAACAAACAGCACCACAUUCCUGAUGUCAGAGAUAUCUUCAGGCUACAAAAUGACUCAAAGGGAAAAGUCUGUGAUGGAAGUGACCCCUCAGCUGUGCCAGCAAGUGAAAACAAAACUGAAGCACAGGAUGGAACAGAAGGUACAAAGUUCAGUCUGGGAGCAGAUGAAGAGAAGAGCCCUCUGGAAGAUGUGCCAUCUUCAGACACUGACAUCAACCUGGAGAUAUCAUUUGCAGAACAGGCAGCUAAUCUCAAAGACCUCUCAGGAGGCAAAAUCUGCAGGGGUGGAGCUGGGGACACUCUGCUCCCGAAUUACAGGGUGCCGAAGGACAAAACAGGUACCACCAAGAUUGGUGACCUGGCCCCUCAGGACAUGAAGAAAGUCUAUUCCUUAGCACUGAUUGAAUUAACUGCUCUCUAUGACGUACUUGGGACAGAACUCAAGCAGCAAAAAGCUGUAAAAAUCAAAACCAAAGACUCUGGCUUGUUUGGUGUCCCACUGUCAGUUUUACUGGAACAGGACCAGAAGAAGGUGCCAGGAACCAGGAUUCCACUGAUUUUUCAAAAGCUGAUCACCCAGAUAGAGGAAGCAACUCUGGAGACAGAAGGACUUCUUAGAAUACCAGGAGCUGCAACAAGGAUAAAGAGUCUUUGCCAAGAGCUGGAAGCAAAAUUUUAUGAUGGGACAUUCAACUGGGAAAAUGUAAAGCAACAUGAUGCAGCAAGUCUGCUGAAGCUCUUCAUCCGGGAACUGCCUCAGCCCCUCCUCACUGUGGAAUAUCUCAAAGCUUUCCAAGAUGUACAGAAUCUUCCAACGAGGAAACAGCAACUGCAAGCUUUGAAUCUUUUGGUUCUCCUUCUACCUGAAGCAAACAGAGACACUCUGAAGGUACUGCUUGAGUUCCUCCAAAGGGUCAUUGACCAUCGAGACAAAAAUAAAAUGACACUGAAGAACGUUGCCAUGGUGAUGGCCCCAAACCUCUUCACCUUCCAUGGGUUUGGCUCCAAGGCUCUUGAGCAGAGCGAGUUCGUCAUGGCAGCUGGGACAGCAAAUGUCAUGCGCUCCAUGAUUCAGUACCAAGACCUGCUCUGGACAAUCCCCAAGUUCAUUGUUAACCAAGUGAGAAAACAAAACGUUGAGAAGCAGAGGAAGGAGAAAAAGGACAAAGCCAUGAAGAAACUUCUGAAGAAGAUGGCAUAUGACCGGGAAAAGCACGAGAAGCUGGAGAGGAGCACUAAUGAUGCUGAUGUUCCUCAGGGAGUGAUACGGGUGCAAGCUCCUCAUCUUUCCAAAGUUUCCAUGGCAAUCCAGCUGACAGAAGAACUGAAAGCAGGUGAUGUGGUAGCCAGGUUCCUCAGCCAGAAAAGUGGAAGUGUCCAAACACUCAAGAAAGAAGAGGUCUUUCUCUAUGAAAUAGGAGGAAAUAUUGGAGAACGCUGCCUUGAUGAUGACACCUACAUGAAGGACCUCUACCAGCUCAACCCAAAUGCUGAGUGGGUUAUAAAAUCUAAGCAGAGCUAAGGUCACAGCUAAUGGCAAAAGAAGAAA